CUUGGCUUGGAUUGAUUGCAAGCGCUACCCUAGCCACCCUUGCGCUUGCGACAGGCCGUGCUUCGUUCCUCUCGGCACCACAAGCCUGGCUUACUGUAGUAACCGUAGCACGCGCUAGCCUUGCCUUAGCUGUUGCGUAUCCGAUCGAAGAUACUUGCGAAUCUCUACGCAUUCACCGCUCCGAGAUAAAACACUAUGAACAGAACAAAGGAUAAGAACAAGCCGAAGGGGGCUAUGUCUGCUUACGCCUGUUUCGUUCAGGUUAUCCGUGAAGAACACAAGAAGAAACAUCCUGGUGAACAGAUCGUUUUCAGCGAUUUCUCCAAAAAGUGUGCCGAACGUUGGAAGCUCAUGACGCCAAAGGAAAAAAAGCGUUUCGAAGACUUGGCUGCUCUUGACAAGGAAAGAUACAACCGCGAGAUGAGCGAAUACGUUCCACCCGAGGGAAUGAAAAAAGGAAAAAAGCGCAAAGUCCCCAGAGAUCCCGCUGUUCCCAGGCGAGCUUGGUCGGCGUUUUUCUUCUUCUGUGACGAGCACCGUGCCAAGGUAAAGGAAAACAAUCCAGAAUACAAGGUAGCAGAUGUUGCAAAGGAGCUGGGGAGACAGUGGGAAUCUUGCCAUGAUAAGGCGAAGUACGAAAUGCUUGCACAACAAGAUAAACAGCGGUACGAGGAAGACAUGGCAAAGUAUCGCGCUGGUGUUUAUGUUCCCGUUCAAAAGAAACCCGCUGGAUCGUUGUCCAUUCCGGCAACCGUUGAUCUGACGGAAACAUCUGGUCUCGACUCUAACUCUGUUCUCUGUGCCGGAGGCGACGAAAAUGGAGCCGAGUUGGAGGACGAAGAUGAUGGUGAACCCGACGAAGGGGAGGACGAAUAAUAUCUUUGUUGUGCACUGUGCCGUGUGGAUCCAGUGUCAGUUGUACAGUUCACACGCAUUUAACUGGUUUCCCUAGCGGCCCUGUAUACAUUGUUAUCCUCGUUAUUUUUGUAUUAUGUUUCCUGUACUUCUGUUUGCGAAUCUCGUUUUUAUCCGCCGGACGCUGGCCCUGUUCAUUUUUCUGUGAGAUUGUGUCUCCCUAUCUCUACUGUCACUCCCUUUGAGUGAUUCCCCCCAUUUAUCGAAAUGUCGCCGGUUUUAUCCCGCGCUAUUCACCCGCACAUCUUUCUCAAGUCGAUGUUCUGUUUUGACCGAUAAAUAGAUCGUUGAUC